AAGCCAGGAGUUGGUUAUUUCUACAUUACAAACCACCACCCCUGCAACAUACAAAUGGAACUUAUAGAAUGCAAAUAAAUUGUAUUUGAUACAAAUGGAAAAUAUACAAUACAAAUGAAAAAAAUGUAAAAUACAAAUGGAAAAUUAUACAAUACGAAUAAAAAUUCAUACAAUAUGAAUAAAAACAAAAUAUGCAAUAGAAAAUAUUGCAACGUUUGACAUGCCAUAGAAAUCAAAAGACGGUUUUUCAUGCGAACAAUACCCUGAAACUAGGACCGAAGUGCAUUUAUUAGAAUACAUGUAUUUCAAUUUAGGCAGACCUAUAAGUUCUACAUCAUUCAAGCAAAUAUAUUGUAAAUUUAAAAAGCCUUAAUAAAAUUGAAUUGUUUGUUUUAUUUUGGGGUUGUUGGUGGGUUGUUUUUGGUUUUUUACCUAUAGUCUUAUAUUAUUGCGAAUUAUUCUAAUCUAUACACUUAUUCUGAUCCUAACAUCGAGAUUUUAAGAUCUUACCUCAUUAAAACUUUUUUAUUUCACUAAAGGCUCCAGGUGGAGCACAAUAGUACAAAAAAGUAAGACUCAACAACAAUGUUGAAGACGAUGGAUGACACAUAAGUGAACAGAGUUAUCUCUCUUGCUACGCAUGGCGAUUUCACAAUGACGGAUCUCCUGUCUCUUCCUCCUGAACUGCUGACAAGAAUUCUGGAGGAAGUGCCCGGCAAAGAUCUGCUGAAUGUGUGUACAUCGUGUAAGCAGUUGAGGGACAUAGUGUAUGUGGAUUCUGUAUGGCAGAGAAAAUGCGAAGAAGAAUAUAAAUUUAAAUCCAUUGAUGGCUGGAAUAUGAGCUAUCGAGACCUUUAUAAUAAAGUUUUACGUCAGUAUGGCGAUAUCGUGGGAUUGUGGUGGAGAGAUUUCACUUAUUACGGAGGCCUUCUACAAGUUAAGUAUGACAGCGGGUGUAUUAAAGGAAUUGAACUACUGGCACCAGUUAGUCCAUAUGUGGAUAGACCAUUGCGCAGGAAGACAUUGUUCACAAUUUCACUGUCCUCUUCAGGAGGUUUGAAAGUUGUUUCGGUACACAAUGCCUCGUGUUCGGAACGACCAUGUUCAGUUCACAUGAAGGACGAAACGAAAAGAAAAAUUCUCGAAUACGAAGUUGAACCAGAGACCGACGAAUCUGUAAAUCAGAACGUGAAUGGUGGACAAGACAUAGUGCUAUGGAUGGAAGAGGAAUUGAAUUUAGAUGGUGCAAUGGACAUGUACUACAACUGUUACUUCAAGAGGGGCAUUGCCUAUCUGUCCUCAAGGCAUCACUAUCGAUGGACCCCACUUGAGAUUCCGAAAGCCAGGAUCGAUGUUCCCAUACAAGCCGGUCUGUUUAAGGGAACAUACAGCGCUCAUGGAAUAGAGAUCCUGAGUCUGGCUUACAAUGACGAAAAGACGGAGGUCACGGCGACAAAAAUUACGGGGGAUCCUAAUAUCCCGGCCACGAAAGUGAGCGUCAAAGCAGAUUUAACAUCUCCUCUAGUCUUUACAUUAGAUGAACAAGAACAUCUGAGAACUCUUGAAGAGGCAUCACAGCCACACACAGAACACCCCCUUCCCGACAGCCAGCCUUUCAAAAUACCGGAGGACUGCUAUGAUCGUGAUAUUGAGGAUAUACCGAAAACUUGUUCCUUCAGAUGUAAUGCUAAGGGACAGAUUUCAGCUACUGGCUACACGAAUCCAUCCUUCAGCAGAGGCCACUUCGUGGUCUUUGACGAAAACAGAUUUGGAAUGGUAUGGAUUGAACUUCAUUCCUUCAGUAUUUAUGCAAGAGUGGAAGACAAGGAUAUCAACAAUGAAACAUAAUCAAAUAAUGAGAUCUACUUUCAGUAGUUUCCAUUUGUGCACACAAUUCACUUCCUAAAUUAAAAUGAAAUACAUGUGUAUGGUGGAAGUAGAACAAUAAUUAAUUGAAGAGGAAAUGAGACCAUAUCAAACUUGAUACAAUGUAUAUAAUCUUACAUAUUGCAGUUAAUAUCCUGAGAAUUUCAGAUUCAGCAGUAGGUAUCUUGACGAGAGGUAAAAUAUAUCGGUCUUGUUACUAUAUAUAUAUAUAUAUUAUAUAUAGGUAAAAAGAUAAAGAUACAAAAAGACUUCUUCGUGUAUCUUUUUACCUAUAUUUUUACCAAUCAUUGGGUAAAGUUUAAUUUUACUUUGAUGAAGAGACUGUGUGUAUGUGUGUACCAUAUGAAUUAUUGUGUUGUUAUAAGUGUUGGGUACAAUACAUAUUUAUGAUCAAUGAGGAGAUUAAAACCUUGUACCUAAGUAUAGUUUUAUCUUCGAAUUAAAUUUGUAUCUUUU